GACAAAACUUAAAUUAAAAAAAGGGAAAAGAAAAACACAAAGACACAAAGCUCCCAAGAACAGAACUUCUGACUCCAAAAAAAGCUCCCAAGAACACAACACAGUUACACAGAGAAAGGAAAAACCCUAGCUCUUAAGAUGUCUAGAGGUCGAUCUGAUGAAGACACUGUGAAGCUCAAGGUUCAGUACAACAAGGAUGGAGUUCAAACUUUUUUCCGUGUUAAACGAAGCAUCAAACUGCAAAAACUCAUGGAAGCAUUCUGCAAAAAGCGUUCCCUUGACCCCAAAUCAAUGCAAUUCACGUUUGAUGGCGUCGGACUCCAGAAGAACAAAACUCCGGAGGAGCUUGGAAUGGAAGAUGGUGAUGAGAUCGAUGCCCUUGAGCUCGUUGAUGGAGCUUGAAAAGUUAAAGCCAUCAUGAUAUAUAUAUAUAUAUAUAUAUAUAUAUAUAUA